AUGAGGGAGGUAUUUCUGAAGAACCAUCUAUCUAUCUAUCUAUCUAUCUAUCUAUCUAUCUAUCUCAGUCUCCUCAUGAUCUAUCUCUCUCCCUCCCAGUGUAUCUAUCUAUCUAUCUAUCUAUCUAUCUAUCUAUCUAUCUAUCUAUCUAUCUAUCUAUCUCAGUCUGUAUUUCUAUCUAUCUAUCUAUCUAUCUAUCUAUCUAUCUAUCUAUCUAUCUAUCUAUCUAUCUAUCUCAGUCGGUUCAUAUCUAUCUUUCUCACUGUUCAUUAUCUAUCUAUCUCAGUCUGUUCAUAUCUAUCUAUCUAUCUAUCUAUCUAUCUAUCUAUCUAUCUAUCUAUCUAUCUAUCUAUCUCAGUCGUUUCAUAUCUAUUUUUCUCACUGUUCAUUAUCUAUCUAUCUCAGUCUGUUCAUAUCUAUCUAUCUAUCUAUCUAUCUAUCUAUCUAUCUAUCUAUCUAUCUAUCUAUCUAUCUAUCUAUCUAUCGCACUCUAUAAAUAAAAAUUACUUCCCUCUUUCAUUCGUAUCUAUUCUUCAUCCCAUUACUGCCUCUCUUUAUUUUUGGGAAUGCUUUCUUUCUUUCUUUUUUUCUUCUUUCUUUCUUUCUUUCUUUCUUUCUUUCUUCUUUCUUUCUUUCAUUUUUCUUUCUUUCUUUCUUUCUUUCUUUCUUUCUUUCUUUCUUUCUUUCUUUCUACCGUAUUCAUUGCUUAUUACUUUCUUCUUUAAUUCGUAUCCUUUCUUCCUUAAAUCUAUCCUUUCCUUUCUCUCUUUUUUCUUUCUCAUAUUUUAUAUUUUUUCUUUCUUUCUUUCUUUCUUUCUUUCUUUCUUUCUUUCUUUCUUUUCUACCCUUAUUCAUUCCUUCCUCCCAUCUUACUUAUUGCCUAUCUUUAUUCCAUUGAAUGCUUUCUUUUCAUUUCUUUUUUCUUUUUCCUUAUUUUCUUUCUUUCUUUCUUUCUUUCUUUCUUUCUUUCUUUCUUUCUUUCUUUCUUUUCUACUCUUAUUCAUUCCUUCCCCAUCUUACUUACUGCCUAUCUUUACUUCAUUAAAUGUUUUCUUUUCUUUCUUUCUUUCUUUCUUUCUUUCUUUCUUUCUUUCUUUCUUUCUUUCUUUCUUUCUUUCUCCGUACCCUUAUUAA